AUGAAUGGCCAUCCUCUGACCAUCGUCGACACCCUCGAGCGGGUCUCCCAGCUGAUGGACGAUCUCCUCGUGAAUCCCACCGAGGACUUGUACGUCGAUCGCGAAGGCGAGAACCUCUGCCGCCACGGCACGAUCACAAUAGUGGCGAUCCACUCUCGCGACACGGCCUUCUACACCCCGGCCGCCGUCGACAACACCACCACCCUCAAGACAAUCCUCGAAUCACACACCCAGACCAAAGUGUUCUUCGACGUGCGCAACGACUCCGACGCCCUUCGAGUCCUGUACGACAUCCUCCUCCAAGGCGUCAAGGACAUCCAGAUCAUGGAGCUCGGGUUCCGCCAGUGCACCGGCGGCGGCUGGCUCCGGGGGCUUCGGUCCUGCGUCCGGGACAGCACGCAGGUCGGCCUUUCGGCGGAGGAGAAGAAUGAGUGGCUGGAGAACAAAUGGCAGAUGACGAGGAAGUUCCGGUCCAUGGACGGCGAGGGUGGCGAACACCACGAUCCAGGCUUGACCCAGCGGCCGUUAACCCCCGAGGCCGUGGAGUACAGCGCCGGCGACGUGGUGCUCCUACCGCAGCUGCGGCGCGAGUAUCUGGACACGCUGGACGAUUUCUGGAUAUGGUUCGUGGAGCGGGAGACGGCGGCGCGGGUGGAGGAAUCUCAGGAUGAUGGGUAUGUGCCGCAUGGACGGCGCAAGGCCUUGGUGCCGUGGACGGUGCGCGACUUUGAGGAGCGGGUCAAGGAGUAUAACCGGAUGAUUGAGGACGAAUACUACCCUACUGAUAAUGAUGAAUCAGAGGCCUCUGAUGCUGAGGACUGCUUCCUUUGGUUCCAUGAGGUGUCCUUCUGGCUCUAUGAAGUGUCUCUUGGGUGA